AUGAAAGUAGAUUCGGAAGCCAAGUAUGUGCCUCCAGCCCUUCGAGCUGGAUACGUCGACAAGCAAUCUCGAGAGACAAGUGGGACAUCACAUGAAGAUGAAUUCUCCGAUGAAGAGUUAACUAGACUCUUUGACACUCCUGAGCUCUGCACUAUAGUAUUCUUCAAUCACGAAUCAAUGCCACCAUCUCUGAAGGACUUGAUCAGCUUUAUCGUGGUAUUCGACAACGCUCAUCCAUUUUGGGAGAACAAGAAGGAAAUGUGGAUUCAUGCUGCCUCUGAACAACUUAUCGAGGAUUUCAAUGGUUCAAGAAAGAAUUUCCGUAGACCUAUUCCACUCUUUGAAGGAAAAGCAAGAAAGGGAAAUUUCAUUUUCAAGGGAUGGUGGUUUAUGGAUAUUAGAAAUGUCGUUCAACCGUAUUCUGAGCGACUGAAAACGAUGCUUAUGAUCAAAGAUAAGGCUCAAGCAUACCCGUGGGGCAUAACCAAAAAGUCCAAGAAUAGCGCCUUGGCACUCAGAUGGCUUAAACUGAGGUUGACUCCUGCCAAAGGUCCCUUCGAGCCACUCAAGGAGCUUGCACAAGGUCAAGCGGCAGAGUAUGUUUUGCGAGUAGGUGGAUUGAAGGAGGAGUUGGAAAUCUUCAAAAACAAUUACAAGUCGGAAGCACACUGA